AUGAGUGGAAGAAAUACACUCAGAAACAUAGCUGGAAGAAAUACAAUCAGAAACAUGACUGGAAGAAAUACAAUCAGAAACAUGACUGGAAGAAAUACAAUCAGAAACACGACUGGAAGAAUUAUAAUCAAAAACAUGACUGUAAGAAAUGCAAUCAGAAACAUGACUGGGAGAAAUACAAUCAGAAACAUGACUGGAAGAAAUACAAUCAAAAACAUGAGUGGAAGAAAUAAUAUCAAAAACAUGAGUGGAAGAAAUACAAUCAAAAACAUGAGUGGAAGAAAUACAAUCAGAAACAUGAGUGGAAGAAAUACAAUCAGAAACAUAGCUGGAAGAAAUACAAUCAGAAACAUGACUGGAAGAAAUAUAAUCAGAAACAUAGCUGGAAAAGAUACAAUCAGAAACAUGACUGGACGAAAUACAAUUAGAAACGUGACUUAA